AUGCCAUGCAUUCCGUAUGAGGCAGCUUGCACAUGGCAUGCCAUGCUGUACCUUGACUGGUGGGACGCGAGACAUGACCCAGCUCUGCUCGUGUCUUGCGCAACUGUCGUCAUCCCCACUGCUGAGCUCACCAAGCAACUGCUUACCCUUGCCAUGCCGCCCCCUCGCCGUGUCUGCGCCAUGUGCGGUCGCGAGAUUGACGUCACAAGCAGCGGUGUGCAUGUGAACCAGCCGCCAGUGGUGGAGGAGUGA